UUUUCCAGCAGAGAGGACUUGGAGACUUGGGGUGGAUAUGGAGAAGAAAAGCUCUCCAGAGUCAUAAUUGGUGGCAAAAUUCUUUGUCAUGCUAGUAGACAUGACAAAGCUCCAUACAAUUCAUAUUCCGCCUCAGGUUCGUAUAAUUUCAACGUUAAAACACGAAAUGUAUCAACAACUACAAGAAUAUUCUAAAUACAGAGUGAGGUAUUUGUAAGAUUGAAUCCAACAAUAUCCUUAGGCAAUUAGGAAACUUAGUGGACAGAUAAUUUGGUUGACUAACAUUCAAGAGAAUACCUAUACAACAGUAUUAUGAACCAGCAUGCCAAUGAGCUCCACAGUAAAGAACACAUCAGUAAACCAGUUUGUGGUUCUGCAGGUGCACAGGUGGCUGUCAAAUGCAGUGCUAACGGGAAAACCAGGACGAUAUGGGCAAAAGGCAGCACAGAUGGUUAUGGAGAAUUCCUCAUUGAACUUCCUUCCCAUCUCCAUGCAAUUCACGACUUGGAAAAGAUAUGUCUUGUUAAAGUUUUUCAUCUGCCAAAAAAUUCUGCGUGCCGGCAAGGGAAACGUGAAAAGCUAGAACUCAAGUCAACAGGCGAUGGUAUGCGUACUUAUAUGACACAUGACAUACAGUUGAUGUCUAAACUCUCAAAAGCACACAUUUAUGAGGGGCCAAAGCAAGAUGAAAUAGUAAAUUACCUGCAACACAAUGGAGUGAGGAAUUAGCCGCAGCUUGUGGGGAUGGCGCUUUAGUCACAUUACGAGUUGCAGGUACAAUCCUGCCCAGAUGUUCAAUGAAAUCAUUAAUUGUUGGAGAUGAGAGUCUGCGCUUGUAUGUGGAAAGCUUGGAGAUGACUUGAAACUUCUAUCCAGUUCUGUAAUCAAACAGAAAGGAAUUGUAACAUCAAUGAAGUCCUUCUAUCUCUCCAUCAAUGAAAUGAAAAAAGAACAAAAAUGAAACUCUGCUGCCACAUCAACAAUCACUAAAAAGGACAUGGACAUGUAAAGUUAGCAUAUAUGAAUAGUACAGUGAAGCGAACAAAAGACAGUUUAAACUGAUGGAUUUUGUGAAAUGUUGCAUUCAAGAGUCAUUCACUACAAAAAUAACAGAAAACAGCACUCAAAAGCA